AGAAGUGCGUGUGCGCGCUCGCGCAGGUGUGAGGGGCACAGGUAGAGCAGGAGAUACAAGGGAACAGCUGCAAGAGGGAGACAGAGAAACGGGGGAGACUUGUGUGAGAGAGCAGAAGGCGAGGGAAAGGAGUGGUCAAAAGGGGAGAUAGGAGAGAGAAAGCGAGAGACGAGUGGAUUUGCAGGAGCCGGACGAAGUGUCCCUGAGCAGAAUCGGAGAGGGGUAGACAGAUUGCGGUGUGAAGAGGGUCAUCGGGUACCUGGAAUUGAACAGAGAAUGGAUAUGUUCAGGGCUAAGCUGAACAGAGGAAGCUCUGUCUUCAUGCGUUCGCCCAGCUCAGCAAGUCUGGUGAGCGGUAGUUCUCAGCGGCGGGCCAGCACCGCCCGGAGUCUCCAGGGCGACCUGAGCAGGAACGUGCGGCUGAUGUCGUACGGUCCAGUGAACAUGCCCGCAGUCGGGCGGAUGGAGUUCUCGGUGCCGACGUUCAACCGGCAGGACGAACUGCAGGUGUUGAACAAGCGGCUCGCCGCCUAUAUGAACAAGGUGAAGAGACUCGAGACCUCCAACAAGGAACUGGAGAAUAAGAUUAAGGGCGCGCUGACCAAUAAAGGCACGAUGACCCGGGACUGGCAGUCAUACGAGAAACCCGUGCUGGACCUCUGUAAGCAGGUUCAGGACACCAACUUGGACAAUGCCGGCCUGACCUUACAGCUGGACAAUUGCGAACUGGCGUCCGAUGACUUCAAAGUGAAGUGGCAGUCGGAGAUGGACUUGAGGCAGUCGGUAGAACAGGACCUCAAUGGUCUGAGAAGAAUCCUCGAAGAUACCAACAUGGGCCGUGGGCAGCUGGAGGCGCAGAUCGAGAGCUUGAACGAGGAGCUGGGAUACCUCCGCAAGAACCAUCAGGAGGAGGUGGAUGAACUCAGAAGACAGAUUUCGAACUCCAGCGUCUCGGUGGAGCUUGAAAACACUGAAGAGGAGGACCUGGGACAAAUGAUUAACAAGAUCCGCGAGGAAUACCAGGCCCUUGCAGACCAGAACAAGAAGGAGGCAGAAGAAUGCUACAGAAAGAAGUUUGACUCUGCCUCCCUCGAGGUUUCGAAGAACAACGAGGCUUUGCAGGCAGCGAAGCAGAAUGUCGCCGAUCUCCGGCGUCAGAUCAAAACCCUGGAGGUGGAGCAGCGCACCCUCGGAGCCACGAUCCAUUCACUGGAGGACACCCUGCAGGAUACCGAGGACCGAGUGGCCAAGGAGCUCCAGAGCCUGGCCAACAUCAUCGCCAACCUCGAGCAGGACUUGGCACAGUACCGCACAGACCUGAAGAACCGGGCCAUGGAGUACCAGACCUUGCUCAACACCAAGAUGAGGCUGCAGGCGGAGAUUGACACCUACCGAAAGCUUCUGGAGGGAGAUGGGUUAAGUCAAUCAGACCACCCAAGACCACCUCUAGGCACUGGAGAUCCAAGGAAAAACACUAAGAAAGUCAUCAUCAUUUCGCAGAAGCUCGUGGAGGGGAAAGUUGUUUCAGAGCAACAGGAAUCAAAAGAAAUUCCGAAUUGAAAAUUCUUUCCAUCUGCACCAAAUUCUGGGAGAAGAUUCCAAAGGAUUUAGAGCUAACAUGCUUGGGGAAGGGUCUGUCUGGCUAUCUAUCAGCUGGGGUACAAGGGUCAAAGGUCAACUUGGGAAAUGAGUUUCAGUUAGGUAACGGUGAAGAAGCAGGGUGUUCAAUGUUUAAAGUUCAAAGUAAAUUUAUUAUCAAAGUACAUAUAUCUCACCACAUACAACCCUGAGAUUCAUUUUCUAGCGGGCUUUCACAGUAAGUACAAAGAUACACAACAGAAUCAAUGAAAGACUGCACAUAAAAAAAAACAGCCAAUGUGCUAAAGUAAAAAAACUGAGCAAAUACAACAAGAAAAAAAAAAGAAAAAUAAGCAAUGCAUGAGACGAAGAGGUCUUGAAAGUGAGUCCAGUGUUGGGGUGAGUGAGGUUGAGUGAAGUUAUCCCCUCUAGUUCAGGAGUCUAUUGGUCAAGGGUAAUAACUGUUGCUGAACUUGGUGUGGUUCCUGAGGCUCCUGCUCUCUUCUCGCUGCUGCCAUAAGGGGGGUAGAUACGGGGGGGUGGGAAUGUGGUUCUAUCCUCUUGUGUCCCUGGUUCUCCCUUUACCACCCAGGGGCCUGAGCUGUCUCAGAGUGAUCCAAGCUCCAUUGAUGGCCUAAUUCUGCAUGUGGCCUCAGCAUCGCUGAACCCACCACACACUGUCAUUUUGUGUAGGCAGAGCACUUCAGCUGAGCAUUCAGCUGUCUGCAAUGCUCAGAUCUUAACCCCGUACUUGUCUUUGACACAUCUAUUAUAUAUUUCCAUGGGCUUCUUGAAAAUUUAGGCAUAACUUUGUCCAAAGCAUUAACAUUCCUUGAUAUAAAUGUGGGGGAAGGUGAUGUGGGAAUCUGAUUUUGCUAUUGUAACUUUGCUUCUCUAAAUGACGUAAUAAAAGAUUCUGCUUGAACUUC